AGGAUGAUGAUUUUCUGAAGAGUUCAGUUUAGGAUUGACAACGGACAGAGCUUUCGAGUACGGAUACUUCCAUCUUGCCAGGUUUUCUCUUCACCAUAUAGACUGAGCCUACUUUCACCAUCUGAGUCCUGCCUUCAUGAUCCUGAGGAUAGACGGCUAGGACUGCGAGACCAGGUGAAGCAUGCGGGAGAGAGCUCGCAGCAAAAUGGCAACUCUUGAUGCUGGAGGACACGUAGAACAUGGAUCUGGGCGGUCGCCCGGUAACCGAUCCAUCCAGGACCGGCUCGGCCUAGCCACCAUGCAGCCCUUCCCGUCCAUCCGACGCAUCCGCCGGCUCUCUGUGCACGACCGGUCCAACAGCGAUUCCAACCUUGCGCACCCAGACCUGCAGCGGAGGACAGGACCCCAGUCGACACUGGUGGUCAGUAAGAAUGAGAUUAUCCUUGGAGGUGAAUACGGGGACAGCGCAAGCGUCAACGUGUCUUGGGAUAUCCGGGAAGAUGUUGGGUCACAAGACUGGAUUGGUCUUUAUCUUAUAGGAGAAAGAAACCCAGCCAGCUACCUAAGCUAUAAGAACCGAGGGGUCAGCGGCACGCAUAAAGGUCAGAUCGUAUGGGUCGUCGACGCAGAACCAAACUUCACCAAACGUAAGUAACCUAUCUUAAUUAAAUCCGUCUGCCUUGAGUUUUCAUAGGAAUUAAAUCACAAUUCGAUGAUACAAAAUUCUGUGAAAGAAGGGAAAUCCCUGUAGCAUUCAUACGUAGCAAAGAAAGCACGAAUGCUUCGUGGUAAGCAACUGGAGUAGUGUCGGAAAUAUGAGGGUGACAGGAGAUUUUACCCUCAUGGCAGCCAAACUUGCCUUUAGAAUUUUGCCAGAUGAAAUGAUUUGGGGUUACCUUUUUUUUCUGAAGUUGACACAAGAUCUGCCACAAACAAUAUUCAAGAACAUUUAGAAAAUAAAUAAUCUACAGUACGGUACAUACAACAGAUAAAAAUCCCUUGAACUGAAAGAAAUAGCCCCAUGAAAUUCAGAUAUGCCUCACUGUGCCCCAAUGUAGCCAUUAAAAAUUGAUUAUUUCCUACUUUGACUGUACGAUAAAUAACUUACCAAAGGCCUCUAGUGCCCUGACUUACAUGUACAUGUGGGUUUGAAGUUGACUAGGACACCGUGCUCACUACCUUCCUAAAACUAGUUUACUGGAAACUAGUUUAACAUGUAGUGAAAACGGUCGAAGCGAUCUUGGAAGCGAUUUUCCGAACCGGUUCAGAAAACUACCUCGCGAUGUAGUUUUCAAGAUCGCUUUGCCUCGUUAAACUGGUUUUAGCGUGAGGACACAACCAUUCUUUGGGAAACGAUCUUCGCACAUUUUGAAAACCACUUUCAGGUAAUCAAAUGGGAAUGCUAGCAAAGCAAUCUUCCAACUCGUUUCCUGAAUCGGUUUCCAGUAAACUAGUUUUAGAAAGCGUAAUGAGAACGGUGUCCUUCAGGUCUAAGCAUCAAAAUGGGAGGCACAAUGAUAACCUUGGCCACAAAAAUAAUUAAAAAUCAAUUGGCAAGUUUGUUGUCGCUUCAGGCUGUAUCUUCCAAUAAAGAAUUUCUUCCUAGAAUGAAAUGCUCCUGUGUUCAAGCUAAAAGAUGAAGACAAAAAUAGGAUAUGAACUGGUUAAUUUAACCUAUACUUGGGAGUAGGGCACCUGUUUGAUGACAGUGGCAGGUGCUCGUCAAGAGCUUGGUUCAUACAUGAAUCUUCAAGAGUAACUCAAACAUUCUGAAAGUUAAACAUAAAUGGUUUUGAACAAAUUAAUUGUAAUUGAAGAAAGUUAGUGAGCCCAACCCUGACGAGCAAAAUAGCAUAAUGCGGUAGAACAAGGUCAGAUGGGCAGUGAAAAUUAUCAUUUAGGAAAAUUCAAAGAGAAAAUUGAACAAAAAAGCGCUUUCACAGUGACAGGAACGUUUUUUUUUUUUUUGGGGGGGGGGGGGGGAGGUUGCCUCCCCCACUCAUGCCGCUUUGAUUUCGUACAUACAUACAUGUACAUGUAUAUACAUUGUAUGAAGAUCCUUGGUGAUAUUACAUUUAUCAUGUUUGUGGAUUUUAAUAUUCCGAUGUACAUGGUACAUAGAGCAAUGUCGAUGUACCUCCUUCACCAGCUCUAUUGGACACAAGGGUCAUUGCAACAUAAAAAGGGGGAUCCAUAAUUUGCGCCAUUUUGACGUUGGAUUAAUCGAGAUGAUUCACGACAUUGAAGUCUUCACUGCAGCUAAUUCUCACAAAAUAUCUGUAUCCUGAACUGACAAAUAUUUUGUCAAUGAACUCUCAUUUGUUGUAUCCUUGUGUGGUAGUCUUCCCUUCUCAACUUUUAUUUGAAAAAGAUGAAUAAAAAUCUCGGAUCUCCAUAGAAUAUACCUUAUUCAUCAUCAUAGACAGGUCUGUUUUGAUACUCAUUGGUCUUAAGUGUGGCCUUUUGACCUUCAACAUUUUUAUUUUGAAUACUAUCAAAUCUAGCAUCAGUGAACUCAGACAAUUUUGGACAAAGGAUACGUUGAGGUCUGAUCAUGAAGACUAGCAUGUGGAGAAGAUAAAAUAUCUGCCUUGUGCAAUCUUUAAUCAAUCUAAUCAUAGUGGCACCCACCAAGGUCAAUAUUAUCCAGUUUGUUUUUAUCUUUUCAAUUAGCCGAUUAAUAUUUUUAGAUAUUUUGUUUUGAUUUAACCAAUUUGGAACUUCAUUAUAAUGUAUAUAGUUUGUGGUUUGGUGUGCUUAAAGUUUUGGAAGUUUUACUUUUUGGGUCACGAUUGUCAACUCGGCUUUAAUUAAUUAUCUUGUUUUUGGAAUUUAGAGGCGAACAAUUAGCGAACAUAUGCCAAGACAUUAAAUGAUUAACAAUCUUGAUUUAGAUAUGAAGCAGAUGCUGAAGGAAAAAAACACUUUAUUUUAAUUUGAUAAAAAGUGAUUUGUUUGAUUAAUUUUUGAAAUAGUCUCAGGACUCAGGACUUGAGAGUAUGAAGAAUAGUAGUAUUUUAGCCACAAAGUACACUAAAAAUUCAUGAACGUGAAAUAAAUAAAGAUGGUUGUUGUCUUGUUGACCAGCCUAACUCUUGAUUUACAUGUAGCGCCAAAACUUGUACAUGUAACAUUUAAAUUCAUUUUUUUUGUGAAGCUGCUCGAAGCCCCCCUCCCCCCCACACUCUCAAAAUAAAUUACUGUAAAAUACAACACUGGAAUCGAAUAGGGCUAUGAGUAUGUCUUGUUGCAGGCUCAGCACUCCAAUAACUUUUUCCAGAUUGUACAUGUACAUAUAUUUUGUAGGUGGAAAGCAGUUUUUGAUAGUUUUGCACAUUCAAGACUGAUGUUUUGACAUUUUAUUUUAAUCAAUUUCAGUUUCAGAUCAAUGUUCAUUUUGUCACUUAAACUAGAGAUGAGCUCCAUCCUCAAUGUCACCUACACUGGCAUAUCCCUGGCUGACACCUACAUUGUGUGGUACAGUUCUGUCAUGUCAACUCUCAAUGCAUGCGAGCAAAUAAUCACAUGUGGAGCUCUGGCACGUAUUCAGAAUGUGAAUGUAAACAUGGUACUCAAGAAGCUAAAUGCAAAAGGGAGAUGAGUUAUCCCGGAUAUUGCACAAUUCUUUGUCGAGUUUCAAAGAAUAGCUAUCGGUUAGGGUUUACCUAGUAUCUUUGAUGACUCAUGUAACUCUGAGGAUCUUGUAAAUGAAGAUUCCUUCCCUUUCUACUACCCUAGUACACUCUAAAUAUCAAAAGAUUUGUUAAAAAUUCAGAUUGGCUGUGAAUAGUGACCAGUCAACAUUAGAUGGAUCUUAAUCCCAUGGAUUGACUUUUGAAUCUCCAAAGAUUUGAUUGAAUUUUUUAAAGCUUUGAAUUCAAAUCCGCAUGAUUUACAACAAUUUUUAAUGUUCAGCUGAUCACAAGUCACAGCCAAUCUGGAUUUAUUCUUUCAUUAAUCCUUGAAAUUUAGAGUGUACCUCUACUUCACUGAAUGGUAACCUUCUUUCUAUUCAUCAUCCCUUGCAAUUUUACUCCGUUUACUUCACAAUGCCUUUUGAAUGGAGGCUUUUUGCACCACCAAUCCACCUCUCAUAAUUUCUGUUCUCCUUCCCUGGCUCAUCUCAUUCUCACCAUCUCCCUUUGAUUUCAGGCACCAAAUCACCACAGCAGUCCCAGCCAUUCCAACUUCCACUCCUCAACCACUCCCUGUCACUCUUUUACCACUCCCUUUCACAAUUUUAAAAUCCUUUCUCCCUAUCUACCCCUCUUCCCUUUCCCCGCACUUCAGAUGAAACCCGGGGGGGGGGGGGGUGCUACUAGAAUUAUAACAUGUGCCACACCAUAGUAGAAAAUAGGGGGCUCUGGAACUGUAUCAUGAUCUUAAAAUGGCGGUCUUCAGAACGGCUCUUGAACCAACGACUGCUAAAGAUGCAAUGCUCUGUAACUGACCACAUCAAAAAUAGGGGUCUCUGGAACUCAUAUGACUCCGCGCCGAUUGAGCUCGCCACUACGAAAGGCUGAGUAGUUUAAGAUGGGCGCGCACUGGAAGGAGAAACCGCAUAUUUGAGGGUCUCCGGGGAAAUGGGGAAAAAUAGGAAUUUCUAUGGCUUUCUAAAUUGGUAAUGCUCUGGAACAAAAUUUAGGCUGAAAAUAGGGGUCUCAAACGUGGCACAUACGUAUCAUACAUUUAUACUAAGUAGCCCCCCCCCCCCCCAGGAUGAAACCCAUUUUUCAAAGGUAUAAUGAUAAACUAGAUUUUAAUUCGUCAUGAGGACGAAUUAGGUGGUCUGUCAUGAUUUUUCAUUCAGUGUCGGCUAAUGUUGUAUGAAAUGAAUCAUUUAGAUAUGAUUGAUAAUCUUGAUCAUAGACAUCAUAGGAAUGCAUUUUGACCAUUGCUAAAUGUGAUUAUUAAUGUGGUGAUGACAACCGUGAUGAUUAUAAUGAUGGUGGUGAUAAUGCAAUACGGUAAAUACAAAAUUAAGUUUGGAGCACGUAAAAUGCCUUAAAAACUCCUCAAAAAUUUCAGACGAUUUACCGAAAUUGGCUUUCCAAAAUUGCGCAAUAAAAGGCGCCUUCAUUUUCAGAGCAGUUAAUUUCUAAUGGACAGUUUCAUAUUUUUUAUGCAAAAUCUUUUUAAAAUUUCUUUCUACUGUCAGCAAUUUUUCUUUUAAGAUUUCAAGCAAGAAUUUCCACAAUGUCAGUGGGUAUCAAUUUCACAGAGUGCUUGAAAAUUCUUAGGUGAUACUUUUUGAAAAUUAAAAUAUCUUAAAUAUUUUUAUUCAAAAUUUCUGCUAAAUUUCAAUUAUUUUUAAUGAGAAGUUUCGCAAUGAUACAUUUUCACAGCAUUCACUUCAAAACUCAUCAUCAGUGGUGUAUUUGAUAAAAGAAUUAAGUAGAAUUUUUUGAGGGGAAAUAUUUGCAAAAUUUCUGCAAAUUCCUAAACAUUUCACAUAAUAUUUUCUGUCAAGAAUUUUCAAUAUCCAUUUAUUAAUUGUGUAUGACUUUAACAUUUACUUGAAAAUUCUUUCUUGAUGAUUUUACUGAAAAAAGUCAGGUAAAAGAUUCAAAUACUGGCAAUUUUCCCGCAAAAUUUCGGGAAAAUUAGUAUUUUACUAAAUUUCACUAUUUUUAAUUUCACAGAAGGUAUCUGAAAAUUUGUUAUAUGUUAUAUUUAGAAAAAAUAACCAAAUAGAAAAAAAUCCAGGAUUUUCCGCAAAAUGUCUAGAAUGAAAUUAAUCAACCAAAUAGCGUUUUAAUGCAUAAAUGAUGUUUUACAAUGUUAAAACUACCCCUUAAAAAGUUCCGGCAAUAUUAAGAAAAAAUGUCCUACAUAAAAAAACGCAAAGCAAGUGGGCUUGAUAUUUUCAGCAAGACCGUACAAUUGAUUAAUAAAGCAUUUUCAUAAAAAAAUUCUCAAAAAUUAGGUCCAGAAAAAAUUUACAAAAACUUAAACAGGUAAUAACACACUAAUGCUGUGGUUGAAAGUGAAAAUCAUUCACACAUUAUUUGUAGAGGAUUGUUUUCACUACAUCAUAUCAAAAUUUGAGAGAAGAUUGACUAGAAAUAACGAAGAUAUGGUCAAAUAUGCAUAAAUACGUUGACGUAAUUGCGAAAAAGUUUAAUUUUCACUUCUAACGUAAUUUUGACGUUAUUACGCAAUCUCCAGAUGAUAUUUUGACUAUAUCCAAGAGUGAGGAAAAGUAGGGGGUCAACGGACUCCCUGAAGAGCUACAGUGAAUUUUAUAUAGGCAUAUUUUUGCCCACUUAUGACUUAUUUUGCGAGUUUGCACGCGCGUGUAAUGCAAAUUUGAAUGGACGCGCAUUCCCGUAUUAUUGGUCGUAAGAGGCUGAAUGAGGUAUCAAAUUAAUCAGAAGCUAAUGGACAAUGGACAGACAUAAAAUAAAUGAUGACUCGAAGAUGCAUACCGAUGGUAGGUGCAAGAACGCGCACGCAUACCUGUGCGCGCGCAAAAUCUUGACAUGCUCAAAAUGACCCGAAACGUACCCAAACUUGACCACGGUUGAUUUGGGGAAUUUUUAAAUUUUGACGCGCGCGUACGUGCGCGUCGUGACCUUUGCAUGACCUCUGAUGACAUGUCCUGAUGACCUGUCACCUGAACUUGAUAUGAUGCAAAUAUGGAUGAUUUUUUAUGAUUAGUUGCGGUGAUAUGAUCAAUAAUUCAUUUUUACAAAAUGGCGCCUAGAUGACGUCAUCAUGAUUUGAUAACCUUGAAAAGUUUCGUUUCGCGAUUCCAUAAUAAUUUCCAUACAUGACAUGAAAAUCAAGAAAUUUGACAAGCCCGAUUUUGAGAUAAAGUGGGAACAAAAUUUGGCAAUAAAAAUAAAUAAAGUAAAUUCUGACGAAUAUAAUAGGUGAUCUGUCAUAUUCAUGACAGACCACCU